AGACGAUGACGUCGCCCGGUAAUAGCAGCGCUUAUCGCAGAUUAAUGUCGCAGAUCGCCACGUUCCUGCCAGAGCGAUUUCGUGCCGCGUUUCUGCAUCCUGCGGGCCCGACUACUGUAUUUUUCUGGGCGCCGACGUUCAAAUGGGGUCUAGUACUUGCGGGCAUAGGUGAUCUCAAACGACCUCCGGAUACGAUUUCUCUCAGUCAAACUGCGAGUUUGAUGGUCUCAAGCGCAAUAUGGUCCAGGUACUCGCUGGUGAUCACGCCUAAGAACUACAAUCUGUUCAGCGUGAAUUUGUUCGUCUGCGGCACAGGAAUGUACAACUUCAUCCGAGGAGCGAGAUACCACAUGAUCGAAGACACAUAA